AGGCGCCGCUUCUUUGUGUGUCUUGAAGUCUCCUCCUCCGUAGGGUCAAGCCUGGACAUGAGGAAGGUCUCCUCACGCCUCCUGUGCUCGGUGCCGCCCGCACACUGACACCUCAGGGCUUUCUCAGAGGACACUGUCGCCCGCGGCAGCUCUUUGAAGACCCCGCUCCUCCUCAGGCUGCAUUGCAUUCACAGUCCCUGUCACCUUACUGGGGACUGAAUGAAACUUCCUUUUCUCAGUACUUUCCCCCAGAGCGGCUCUUCGUGAUUCUUCUUCACCACACUGCACAUUGGAAAGAUUUUUUUUAAUUAGUCCCAUUUUUGUUUUCUAGGCUUUCUUGUGUAGAGAACCUCCUCAGCCUGUUGCAUAGGACAUUAGCAUCGUUUUUGGCAGAGGUGGAGUUGUGUUCUGUGUGACUGAUUUGUUGCAUAUUUCAUGUUCAGUAUUUUAUUUUUUUAGCUUUAUUAUGUUUUUACUUUAGUUGCCUUUUAAUAUAAAUAGCAGUAUUUUUUUUUCCUGCUCAGGUGGUACAUUUUUUACACCGUUAGUAUUUGCCGUUGCUGUAUAGCUGCCAUGUCUACGGCCGACGUGUUCCCUCCUCCGCCGGAGGUCUCUGCCGCCGCGCACGUCCCCUCUUUUCAGAAAUAUCAGGAAAUGUACGAGAGAUCGGUGCGAGAACCCAGCGAGUUUUGGGGGGAAAUUGCAGAAGAUUUCUACUGGAGAGUGGCUCCUGCUCAGCCGCAUUUGAAAUACAACUUUGAUGUCACUAAGGGAAAGAUCUAUAUUCAAUGGAUGAAAGGAGCUGUCACCAAUAUAUGUUACAACGUCCUUGAUAGAAAUGUCCGAGAGAAGAAGCUGGGGGAUAAAGUGGCCUUUUAUUGGGAAGGAAAUGAACCAGAAGACUCAACGUCCAUCACUUAUGUCGAACUCCUGAAGAAGGUGUGCCAGUUUGCCAAUGUUUUACGUGACCAAGGUGUUAAAAAAGGAGAUUGUGUGUCCAUUUAUAUGCCUAUGGUGAUAGAGCUAGUGGUGGCAAUGCUGGCAUGUGCCCGAAUUGGAGCCAUUCACUCUAUAGUGUUUGCUGGGUUUUCUGCUGAAUCUCUGUGUGAGCGGAUAUUGGACUCUCACUGCUGUCUCCUUAUUACAGCAGAUGGGUUUUUUCGUGGUGAUAAAUUGAUUAACCUGAAACAGAUUGCUGAUGAGGCACUAAAGAAGUGUGCAGAAAAGAACUACUUCCUGAGGAAGUGCAUUGUGCUUAAACAUUUGGGGAGAGAUGAUAUCUGUGAUGGAACAAGCAAAUCCUCACCUCCAUGCAAGAGACUUUGCCAAAAUGUACAGGGAAACAAGCAGGACAGAGCAAAGCGAGCUGCACUCCAGACCACGUGGAAUCCAUCCGUGGACAUGUGGUGGCAUGAGCUUGUGAAGAGUGCCGGCACGGAGUGUGAGCCAGAGUGGUGUGAUGCUGAAGACGAGCUGUUCAUCCUUUACACCAGUGGGUCUACCGGCAAGCCCAAGGGAGUUGUCCACACUGUGGGAGGUUACAUGAUCUUCACUGCCACCACGUUCAAGUAUGUGUUUGAUUACCAUCAUGAUGAUAUAUACUGGUGCACUGCUGACAUUGGAUGGAUUACCGGACACUCCUACCUAGCCUAUGGGCCACUUGCCAAUGGGGCAACCAGUGUCUUGUUUGAAGGUCUUCCCAUAUACCCAGACAUUUCCCGCAUGUGGCAGAUCAUUGAUAAGUACAGUGUAACCAAAUUCUACACUGCACCAACAGCAAUCCGCUUGCUGAUGAAGUUCGGAGAUGAGCCAGUUAAAAGGUACAGUAGAAAAUCCCUGAAGAUUUUGGGAACAGUUGGAGAGCCAAUUAAUCCUGAAGCUUGGCUUUGGUAUUACAAUGUGGUAGGAGAGAAGAGAUGUCCAAUUGUGGAUACAUUUUGGCAGACAGAAACGGGGGGUCAUGUGUUAACUCCACUUCCAGGUGCAACAGCCACCAAGCCUGGCUCAGCAACCUUUCCAUUUUUUGGAGUAGUUCCUGCCAUCUUGAAUGAGUCUGGGGAGGAAUUAGAAGGAGAAGCUGAAGGUUAUCUGGUAUUUAAACAACCCUGGCCUGCACUCAUGCGCACUGUUUACAGGAACCAUGAACGGUUUGAGACAACCUACUUCAAGAAGUUUCCUGGAUAUUAUGUCACGGGAGAUGGUUGUAGAAGAGACAAAGAUGGUUAUUAUUGGAUUACUGGGAGGAUUGAUGACAUGCUUAAUGUGUCUGGUCACUUGCUGAGCACAGCAGAGGUGGAGUCCGCACUUGUUGAACACUCUUCUGUAGCUGAGGCUGCAGCCGUAAGUCAUCCACACCCUGUGAAGGGAGAAUGUCUGUAUUGCUUUGUCACUCUGCGUGAUGGACAGGAGUUCACUAGCUCGCUAAUUGAUCAACUAAAGAAACUAGUAAGAGAAAAGAUUGGACCAAUUGCCACUCCAGAUUAUAUCCAGAAUGCCCCUGGACUGCCUAAAACACGCUCAGGUAAAAUAAUGAGACGAGUGUUAAGAAAAAUUGCCAGAAACGAUCGAGAACUGGGAGACACGUCAACCCUUGCAGACACAACAGUCAUACAUCAACUGUUUGAGAACCGAUGUAAAACUAUUCACUAGGACAUAAACAAGAAUUCUGUAAAGGGAAAUCUAAUGAUAAUCCCAGGGAUGAGUUACCGUAAUGCCUCCUGGGUGUUGCAGCCAUAUAAUCAUUUGGGUGUUGAUAAGGGAUAUCGUGUGUGUAUAUUUUGUGUUUCAUGACUGGCAUUUUAUUUUAUUUUUUUACAAGUAUAUGUUACGGUAAGUAGUUUCCAUGCUACAAUCUGUAACAUCAAAGCUUGAUGUACUGGAUUAGUCCAUGAUGAAUCAGAAUGAAGAAAACUGGUUAUACACAUUGGUGAACUAUGCAAGUAUGCAUGAAAUUAUUCCAUGGGAUUACAGAGGACGUACCUGGUCUCCUGAUAUGUUUUAAUAUAUAUUUAUAUGCCUUUUAAAAUAACACAUCUGGACCAUCUUUUCUUGAAACUGUGUUGUUAUUCCUCCUGGAAAUGUAUGGAUAAAUCAGCAACUGUCUUUUACCAUUCCCCUUAAUACAGUAAGGUGUGUGUGUGUACAGAUAACAAGCUAUUUACAAGAGGAAUGGUAAUACCUGGUCUUCAUUUUUCUUCAUACAGCAGCAGAAAUGAUGGUGGAAUGGCUAAAUUCAGGAUACCUAAAAAAAAAUUAUGCUCCAGAAUUGUUAUUUUAUGGAAUUAUGGCAUAAUUAAAACAGGAAAAGGGACAGGUCCUUUUUUAAAGGGUUAUUUCCAGUAUCUGAUAUGCCAUAAAAAACAGACAGGUCACACCUUGAAGACCUGCACCUGUGGAGAACAGGGUCCCCUGUCCUACCUGGAUAGGCAGCCGCCUCCUGAUAUACUCUAAAUGUCAGAGUUCGGAAUACAGAUUUCUCUGGGUUCUAGUUUUUACAGUGAGCACUUCCAUGACAAAUGAUUUUGAUGUGACCAUUUCAGUUUUAUGGAACCAUAGGAGAGAUAUUUUUGUAUAAGAGGGCAACAGACAAUGGGGCUUUUUUAAUAGCCAAUGAAUAGGGACAGUCAAGAAAUAGGACAUGUCAUUUUAUACCACCAAACGGACCCUAUUGAAAUCAAUGGAACUAUUUUUAAUGGCCGUUAGACAGGAGUGCACCCAUCGUGGCUGUUAAAAACAGGUAAACUAGUGGAAAAUGGCUUUUUAGGGGGUUGAAAUAAAUAAAAAAAAUGACUCACCUCAUCUACUUGCACGCACAGAGUCCGUCGCUCCUAUCUUGAUGCAGUAGGACCUGUGCUUCCAGUGUGAUGUCACCAUGCUCUCUCAGCAUGAUCGCCGGGAGCGCAUGGUAAUGUCAUCACCCUGGGAGCGCAGGU